GGGCGGGGCCGCGCGGGAGGAGGAGAAAGACAGAGGCGGCUCGGCGCCAGCCCGACCGAGCGUUGGCCGUGUUCACCAAGUCCGAAUAACCAGUUCAGGAUGUCCAUCCUGGAGCGGCUGGAGCAGAUGGAGAGGAGGAUGGCCGAGAUGACGGGGUCGCAGCAGCACAAGCAGGGUGGCGGCGGCAGCAGCGGCGGCGGCAGCGCGGGGGGCGCUGGCGGCGGCACCGGAGGAAGCCAAGCUCAGUGCACGUCGGGCCCCGGGACGCUGGGGAGCUGCUUUGAGAGCCGCGUGGUCGUGGUGUGUGAGAAGAUGAUGAGCCGGGCCUGCUGGGCCAAGUCCAAGCACUUGAUCCACUCCAAGACCUUCCGUGGAAUGACCCUCCUCCACCUGGCCGCGGCCCAGGGCUACGCCACCCUCAUCCAGACCCUCAUCAAGUGGCGCACAAAGCACGCAGACAGCAUCGACUUGGAGCUGGAGGUCGACCCCUUGAAUGUGGACCACUUCUCCUGUACUCCUCUGAUGUGGGCCUGUGCUCUAGGGCACCUAGAAGCAGCUGUCGUGCUGUACAAGUGGGACCGCCGGGCCAUCUCCAUUCCUGACUCUCUAGGAAGGCUGCCUUUGGGAAUUGCCAGGUCAAGGGGUCACGUGAAAUUAGCCGAGUGUCUGGAGCACCUGCAGAGGGACGAGCAGGCUCAGCUUGGACAGAACCCCAGAAUCCACUGUGCUCCAAGCGAAGAGCCCGGUACGGAGAGCUGGAUGACCCAGUGGCCCAGUGACGCCAUCACCUCCCCAGAAAUACCCAAAGGAGUCACCGUCAUUGCAAGUACCAAUCCAGAGCUGAGAAGACCUCGGUCUGAACCCUCUAAUUACUACAGCAGUGAGAGCCACAAAGAUUAUCCAGCUCCCAAAAAGCAUAAAUUGAACCCCGAGUCCUUCCAGGCGAGGCAGGAGAAGCUGCUUUCCACUGCACUGAGUCUGGAACAGCCAAAUAUCAGGAAGCAGAGCCCUAGUUCUAAGCAGUCUGUCCCUGAGACUUUCCGCCCCAGGGAAGGGCUGAGGGGCUGCAGCCGGGAAGGCUCCCCUCCCACUCCAGAGACUGCAGGAUUCCAAGCCUCUGGAUCUCAGCCCGUAGUAAAGUGGAAUUCCAAAGGUCUUUACAUUGGUGUGUCUACAGUACAGGUGACUGGAACUCCGAAGGGGACCAGUGUAGGGAAGGAGGCAGCACCUUCGCAGGUGCGUCCGCGGGAGCCAAUGAGUGUCCUGAUGAUGGCUAACAGAGAGGCGGUGCACACAGAGCUGGGGCCCUACCGCAAUAGCGCAGAGAGCGAGGACUGCCCACAGCCCAUGGAUGACAUACAGGUGAACAUGAUGACCUUGGCAGAACACAUCAUUGAAGCCACACCUGAGCGGAUCAAGCAGGAGAAUUUUGUGCCCCUGGAGUCCCCAGCCCUGGAAAGGACAGACGCUGCCACCAUCAGCAGUACCAUGAGCUGGCUGGCCGGUUACCUAGCCGAUGUCGACCACCUGCCAAGUGCUGCCCAGAUCAGAAGUGCAUAUAACGAGCCUCUCACCCCUUCUUCUAAUACCAGCCUGAGCCCCGUCGGCUCACCAGUCAGUGAGAUAGCUUUCGAGAAACCCAGCCUCCCCUCCGCAGCGGACUGGUCUGAAUUCCUGAGCGCAUCUACCAGUGAGAAGGUGGAGAACGAAUUCGCUCAGCUGACCCUGUCCGAUCACGAACAGAGAGAGCUCUACGAGGCUGCCAGGCUUGUCCAGACGGCUUUCCGGAAAUACAAGGGCCGACCCUUGCGGGAGCAACAGGAGGUGGCGGCGGCUGUCAUCCAGCGCUGUUACAGAAAAUACAAACAGUAUGCACUUUAUAAAAAGAUGACCCAGGCUGCCAUCCUUAUCCAGAGCAAAUUCCGAAGUUACUAUGAACAAAAAAAAUUCCAGCAGAGCCGGCGUGCUGCUGUGCUGAUCCAGAAGUAUUACCGGAGUUAUAAAAAGUGUGGCAAGAGACGGCAGGCUCGCCGGACAGCGGUCAUUGUACAGCAGAAGCUCAGGAGCAGUUUGCUAACCAAAAAGCAGGACCAGGCUGCUCGAAAAAUAAUGAGGUUUCUCCGCCGCUGUCGCCACAGGUACAUGAACCCUCAUCUCGACAUUUUAGUCCCGAAGCAUAAUAAGACCACCCCAGUCACCUUAGCCACGCACGAACUCCCAGAUGCCACUAGUCCCCCACAGAUAACCAGGGCAAACGUCCUGAAUGACAUGAGGGUAACAGAACUCUCUCAGAUAGGGACCAAGUUGCUGCCGUGAGCACGCCGGUCGGCUGCUGCAGACGAUGCUGUGUGUGUUUUGAAUCACGGGGAGUCAUGCCAGCGUGUUUCUGUUUUAAUUUGGGUGCAAGGACAGCUUAGUUGGACUAGAUCUUCGUUCCAGAUUUUCCUUUAACUCUCUCUCUCCAUGCCACACUGCACUUAUAUCCUUCACUCUCUAAACCCUUGCUGUGCUAAUGUGAGUCCACACAGAAGAGGUUCUGUUCCCAAGGAAAGGAGAGGGAAAAAACCCCGUUUUCUGAUGCAGAACGGCCACUGGAUAGCUUGCGACCUCUGCUGGCCGUGUCUGAGCAAACACUCUGCAUCAAACCCUCUAUCACAGCCAGGCUGUGAUGAGCAGGCUCGGAGAUGGUGGGAGUGAAACUGGGCAGGGACGGAAAGGCACCUGGGAUAGGAGGUUGCAUUCCAGCUAAAAGGGGGCCCCCGCGGACCCCAGCCUCUUCCCGCCCGUGAAGCUAAGCCAGAGAGUUUCUCUUUGUUUUCUGAGUCUGAGACGCCUUCAUGAAGACGAGGUCCUCGACCUAGAUUUCCGGGGGCUGAACUUGUUUUCGUGGCGGAGUCCUCUGGCCUGCCCUCUGUGACAGAGGCUGUCUGAGCUGUGUUGAGACCACCCGCCACCUGGUCGUGUUGUUUCUCUGUGCAUCAGGAGCUGCGCGGUUUACAGAACCGAACUCGCGGUCCAGUCUCCUCCUCCUGUUCCACUGCACCCCACGCCCCGGUGUCCAGAGGCACUUUGAUUCCUCAGAGGUUUCGCUUUAGUUUUUUCCCUCCUCAAACUGUCUGCUUGGCUCACCUUGGCAGUAUGUCAGCUUUGAGGCUUCAUAGGGGUUAACGGGCUCCUCGUGUGCACUUUUACUUCAGUGAACAAAAUAACGCGCUUACAUGACAUUGGAAGGGACCACGUAGCCACACAGGCACAGCGAUAAGACCUUUGAAAGGAACAUCCUUUAGGAUAUUUACGGUGUUCUCCAGCUAGAAUGCUAGCUUACCGUAGGUCUCAGCAGCCCCUUCGAUCUCCACCAGGCAGUGAUGGGGUUUCUUCCCCCACCCCUGCGGUGAUUAACUCCCCAGUGAGGUACCAGUAUCCAUCCUCUGAAAUAGUACGUCUUGUUAGGAAAUGCACAUCAGGAUACGGGACCUGGCUGGGACGUGUGGAAAGUAAGCCUCUGGGCGCUGCCGAAGUCAGUCUCUUUUCCCGAUUGUUCAUUCAUGCCUUCGACUUAGCGGCAGGGACUUGUAACCAAAUAGAGCCGUGGCUGCUCCUCCUCUGGUGGAAGUGUCAGGGGCUUACCUGGGCCCUUUCCCCUAGGUUCUCCCACGUACUCGCACUCCUCUCCCCCUUUCCUCUUCCACCUGCAAGACAGAAAACCCCCGGAGGAUACACCCUGCCCCCAGAUUUUAUCUUCAAGGAAGUUGCCUUAACGUUACUCUUCCCUGGAAUGGUCACGAGUUAAAUUCUCCUUGGUCCUUCUGGGUCUUGCCGGUUUUCAGACUUGGAAAAUAGUGCAACCCUGGCGAUUACGAGCGAAGCCUCGUGAAGUCCCCUGUUCGUUGUCUCCUCUCUUUUCCGGCCGAAGCCGCCUGUGUUCACUUGGGGCGAAUCGAGAGGCUAAGAUAUUUCAACCAAAUAUAAACACGGAAAAGACCGCUUCCCACAGGAGACUGAUCAGAGGGAUGGGUUCCCUCCUGCUUUUCGAGUUCUCCUUUUGUAAACGAGCAGAGGCUCUCACAAGGGUUUUGCGUUCCUCGGGCCCGUAUUUUACCCAGUGAUAACCUCAUAAAGCUCGCAAGACGGAGCGUUAGGGAGAAAGCUUCCGAUUAUGGAGUCUGAACCUCUGUUCUCCCUUGGGGAUUAAACAGCGACCCCUACAGGCUCUGUUCUUCCCUUGCCCUUUACUGUUCCAGAUGUUAGACAGAUGUGCAGGCAAAUUGGAAUCACCUUUGUACACUGACCGUGGACACUGCCCAUUCCCAUAUAUUCAGGGAAGGGACUUGAGGCAAUCUUGGCACUCUACCGUGGAAUGAGAAGUCAUUUUCCCCAGGAUGAGUGUCACUCUGUUGCCAUUCUGAGUUACUGAAUGUUCUUUAAAGAGAAACUGUCGUUUGCCUUGUCCCUUAGAAGCAUUAAAAUAGAAAAUCUCUUGGGACACGCUCUUAGAAAAGGUAGGUAGGACGUGGCUUCAGGCAUCAGGAAGAAGUGUCCUGUGGCUCAGGGGUUUUGCUAAAUCAUGUGACCCCAACAUUUUUAGACGGAAAAGUGAAUCACUGAACUUCCCGCCUGCUCAUUCCACAUACCCCCACCACCCUCCUCUUCUUUCUUGCCAAAAAAAAAAAAAAAAAGGAACCACGUUAUAGUCUUUUUUUGUUGAAUAAAGCUAUUUAUAAGA